AGUCCACAAGAAGCUGCAAUAGCCAGAUUUUUAAGAUUAAUUCCCAAAGGAAAAAGAACACACCGUAAAGGGCCGGUCCAUUACGGUGGAGCGAGUGACAUGCUUGCUUCAUUCACUAGUGUUGGAGCAGAAGAACACAACCUGCAUUCUCUCAGAAGUCAGAAAAUGCCAGAAGAUGAUGAAACCACUUUUAAUAACUUCAAUAUGAAGGGGAAAAAGCGUUCUGCCCUCUCUCUACUUUCUUUAGAACAUAAUUCUGAUGAAAGUUUAUCAAGACAGAAUUGUAAUGAACAAAUUACAGGUAUUGUUACAAACAGUGAUUCUGCAGUCACAAGCACUAGAAUAUCUGCUUCAAACUUGGAUAGAUCCAAGACUGUCCAAACUGGCCAGCUAGAUUAUAUGAAUUCUACAUUGGUUAUCAAUGGCUUAGAGAACUAUAGUUUUGGAAUAUUGCAGAAAAAGAGUGUUGAAUCCUCUGGUACUGAAUGUAAUACUAGGGUUAGUUGUAGAGAAAGUCUGAAUGAGGCAUCAUUCAACAAGAUGCCUUACGUAUAUCACAGAAGACAUUGCAACAAAAACCUACCAAAACCAUCACUUUUGAAAGAGCUUAAUGGAUUAGGUGUUCCUGAGUCAAUAUCUGAUUUUACACGAAAAGGUUUCAGAACACGAAGAGAAGUGGCCUUUGUUCGAGUCUUGUUUAGCCAGCAUUUGGAUGAUGACAUAAUCAAGCAGCAGAAAAAGAUCUCUGCACGGCUGGGUAUUUCUAUGACAUCAUGCUCUAUGGAUGCCACACAUUUUGUAGCAGAUGAAUUUGUGCGUACAAAAAACAUGUUGGAAGCCAUUGCUCUUGGCAAACCAGUGGUGACGCAUCUAUGGCUUGAUAGCUGUGGACAAGCAAGUUGCUUACUUGACGAGAAAAAUUACAUCCUGAGGGACUCCAAAAGGGAAAAGGAAAUUGGCUUUAGCAUGCCUGUUUCAUUGGCUCGUGCAAGACAGUAUCCACUUCUAAAGGAUAGAAGAGUAUGUAUCACCCAAAAUGUUAAACCUAAUAAAGAGAUGAUUACUAGCUUGGUCAGAGCAGUUGGAGGUGAGGUAGUGGGAACAAGUCAGAAAUUGGCAGCAAAAGAUCAAAAGAUUCCAGAUGAUCUCUUGAUUCUUUCUUGUGGAGAAGAUCUAGCAAUCUGUGCACCCCUACUUGAUAAAGGAGCAGCAGUCUAUAGUUCAGAGCUUCUGCUGAGCGGGAUUGUCAUCCAAAAAUUGGAAUAUGAGAGGCACCAACUCUUCGUCAAGUUUGUAAAAGAAAAAAGAAAGAUCUCAGAGGGGAACAGACACAGCAGAAGGUUAAGCAAACGCUAAUCUUUCUAAUCACAUAAAAGUAUAAUUAGAAUUAGUCGUAUAUUUUGUAUGAAGCUCUCUUCUACCAGAUUACAAUGGCCACUAUAAAGGGGAGAGAUGGGCCACGUCGAUUAUAAAACUCUUGCUGACUUCUUAAUGGCUAUCACAUGAUAUACAUAUAUAUACAUCUAUAUGCAUAUAUAUGAAUAUAUAUUUUGUAAAGUGGUACCUAUUACUAAAUACUUAGGAUACAGGGUGUAUUUUGUCUCCAAUUCUAAU